AUGCUUGACGACAGUGACGUGGCGACCGACGAGAUCGACACACCGGCUGGGAUGCGAACUAUCACCAACUUCUUUUUGGUGAACCUGGCGGUCUCCGACUGCAUGAUGUCCACCAUGAACAUCACCUUCAACUUCGUCUACUUCCUGAACAGUCACUGGCCGUUCGGUGAAGCCUACUGCAAGAUCGUGCAGUUCGUUAGCGUUCUGAGCGUCUCGGCGUCCGUCUUCACCCUCGUCGCCAUCUCAAUUGACCGGUACUCCGCAAUCAUGCACCCGCUUCAGCCACGCAUGAGCCGCCGCUGGACACUGUUCGCCACCAUCGCGAUCUGGCUGGUGUCCGCCGGUCUGGCCGCUCCACUGUACGAGGCGAGCCAAACCUUCACCUUCAUAUACGAGGACAACAGCAUUCGCACCCUCUGCUACUUCAAGUGGCCGGACGGCGAGACCAUGGACAGCACCCUCGAGCUUGUUGAUGACGUGUGA